AUGGCUCAGCCAGCCUCUCUCAAACCGCAAUACGGACACCGCCUGGUCCCUUCUCUUAUCGAUGAGCAGGCUGAACGGAACCCGGAUGGAGUCUAUGCUCUCGUACCACGGUCAAGUGCAGUCGCUGAUGGUUUGAUUAAAGUCAACUUUCAGCAGCUAGCACCAAUCGUGGACACAGUGGCAUUCUGGUUGACAAAAAAUGUACUACAAAGCAAGGAUGACGUCCUUGCGUACAUCGGACCAAUCGACCUCAGAUAUCACAUCAUGACGCUCGCCGCAUCGAAGACUGGACAUCAGAUCCUGCUUCCCUCUCCGAGAAAUACAAUCGAGGCUCAACACCGAUUGUUCACGCUCACUAAUUGCUCAGUCCUACUGCACGAUGCCAAUAUCAAGUCCCAAGAAUUGCUAGUGGGCAACAUGGCGGACAUCCGCGCCGUUGCGGUCCCGUCUCUGAUUGAUAUGCUGAGUUUCACGCGGGGCCAGAAGUAUCCAUACGACAAAUCAUUCGACGAAGGGAAACUCGACCCUUUUGCCAUAUUGCACACUUCCGGUUCUACUGGGAUCCCCAAGCCUAUACGAUGCUCGUUGGGAUGGGCCAGCACUAUCGAUGCGAAGAACGCUCAUCCGGGAGUCGACGGCUUGACCAUGCAGCCAGAAUACUUUCGAAAGAAGACGAUUCUUGUAGCACUGCCAUUCUUCCAUGCCGGCGGAAUCGCCCUCGGUUUCCUGGGCCCGUUGUUCUACGACUACACUGUGAUGACCGUCCCUAGCGGAGUCCCCAUAAGCACUCCAUUGAUCGAAGACAUGCUCGAGGCCUACAAGCCAGACAUGGUGUUCAUGGCCCCUUCCCUACUAGGAGAAUUCGCUCGUGGCCAGAAUGGCUUGGCAAGGCUCUCGAAGCUCGAGGCUGUAGGCUACACCGGAGGGCCGCUUGCCCAUGACGUUGGAGAAGAGAUAAGCAAAGUCACGAUGCUAAUCAACAGCUGCGGCUCGACGGAGAUUCUCAUGGCCCCUACGCUGCAACACUACGCCAACGAGGAUUGGGAGUACCACUACUUCGACCCUGGCAUGAAGGGGAUAGAGUUCCGCGAUCGCGGCGGAGGAGUCUACGAACAAUUCAUCGUUCGCCACGAAUCGACCGACCCCUACCACGCUGCUUGGUAUACUUUCCCAGAUCUGAACGAACUCCCCAUGCAUGACUUGUACGCAAAGCAUCCUUCUCGGCCUCAUCACUGGAAGAACAUCGGCCGGUCAGACGACAUUAUCGUCUUCUCCAACGGCGAGAAGAUCAAUCCCGUAGACAUGGAGAGCCAUCUCCAGAACUCACCGCUAGUCAAGGGGGCGCUGAUUGUCGGGCAAGGACAAUUCCAUUCAGCCGCCAUCAUUGAGCUUCAAUCAGCUGCUAGGGGAAUGUCGGAGCCUGAUAUCACCGACGAGAUGUGGCAUCUCGUCAAACACGCGAAUGACCUUGUCCCCGCGCAUGGCAGGAUCUUCAGCAAGGACCACAUUAUGAUCGCACCGGCUGAGAAAUCAUUUCUUCGAGCGGGGAAAGGCACCAUCCAGCGACGAGCAACGGUAGAGUUCUUUGGUCCUGAGAUUGAAGAACUGUUUGCGCGCACUAGCGAGGCCGCUCUGCCACAGAGUGGAAAAGACGACCAACCCGCCGAAGUGAUCGACAUUACACAGCCUGUAGAGGAAGUGACCAUCACGAUCCAGUCUUUGAUCGAACACACGCUAGGAAUCAAAGGUCUCGACACUGACAUCGAUCUCUUCGUCGCCUACGGUGUCGACUCUCUGGCGGUAGUCAGGAUUGUCAAAGCGCUCAGACUCGCCGUCACCGCUGGUUCUUCCGCAACGCCUGAGAUGCUCGCCGUGACGGCUGCCAUCGACAAUCACUUUGUAUACCGGCAUUCGACGUGUAGGAAGCUCUCAUCGGCACUGCGGGAACUCUCAUCUGCUCACGAGACGAAUGGCAACGGCAACUCCAGUGCGGAGGAAGUGCGCCGCCUCUUUGCCAAAUAUACUGCAGAUAUCCUUCCCAGGUCUCCCAGAGUAGAGGCAGAAAGUCAGACACGCAAGCCUGAGACUGUCAUCCUUACCGGCAGCUCUGGGUCUCUGGGGAUAUACAUCUUACACGAGCUCUUGACGUCUCCCAGCCUCCAAAUCCGAAAGGUGUACUGUCUGAACCGUCGACUGGACGCCGGGAGGAUCCAGGCUGAGCGCCACGCAGCCAAAGGACUCGAAACGUCCUUCGAUUCGCGGGUGGUGUUCCUCGCCAUCGAUAUCGGACAACCUCACCUCGGCCUCAACGACGAGGACUACAAAACACUCAUGAAAGAGACGUCCCUCAUCAUUCACAACCAAUGGCAGGUCAACUUCAAUCUAGGCCUGGAAUCCUUCGAGCCACAGGUUGCCGGCGUGCGACACUUGAUCGACCUGGCCGCCGCGGCGCCUCUCCAGCCUCCAAUCAUCUUCACGUCCAGCAUUAGCGUCGCCUCGCACUGGCAGGCGCACCACGACCGAGACGAGGAGGUCCCCGAGACCGCUAUCGAGGACUGGACGGCGCCUGAAGCGCAAGGCUACGGCGAAUCGAAAUUCGUCAGCGAGCAAAUUCUCGAGCGAGCAAGUCAGAUGAACCACGCUUCGAGUGUCGUAUUGCGAAUCGGGCAGAUUACUGGGCCCGUCACUACUGGAGACAAAGGCAUCUGGAACAAGCAGGAGUGGUUUCCGUCCCUCAUCGCGAGUUCGAAAUUCCUCAAACAGCUGCCGGACUCGAUUGCUGGGCAGAACGAGAUACGCUGGAUCCCUGUGGACUUAGUGGCGCGGACCAUCAUCGAGAUCUCCGAGAGCAGCCUGAAGAGCGCCUCGAGUGGAAGCUGCACGGCGCGAUUCUACGACAUUUUGAACCCGAGCGCAUGCGAGUGGAGCGAAUUGGUGCCUGAGGUUCAGCACUGUUUAGAGGCGCAGGGUUGCGCGGUCAAGACGGUCAGCCUGGAGAGCUGGAUUCUCGCGCUGCAGGCUAGUGCGGCCGAUGGCGAGGAGGCGUCGGAUUUGAAUCCGGCGAUUAAGCUGCUGGAGUUUUUUGAGAGUUUGCAGAGCGGGAGCUAUGGUGCUCAUUUUCACGUGGGCAACGCGGUUCCUUUGAGUGCUACGUUGGGGUCUUUGAAGGCUGUUAGCAGGGAGUGGAUGGAGAUUUGGUUCCGGCAGUGGAAUUGA